UCCGCUGCUGAUAUUUCCGACAGCCCGUGAAGGCAGCGUGUGUCGCAGGGUGUCAUGGCGGACCGGAAGAAGAUGAGGAGGCCUCUCGGACUCUCGGAGUCUCUCAGCCGCGCGUCAACCCGUCAUUUCUCCUCCUUCUCCUCCUCGACUCCUCUCAGCUCCCGGUGAUAACACCUCCUCCGCGGCUGCAGAUAAACUCAGAUGACAACUGCGUUCUGAUCACAACCACCAGAAACCGAUCGCCCAGAGAGAGCAGAGGAGAUGGAGAUGGAGAAGCCGGUCUUGCAGACGCAACCAUCCACCCUGCCUUUCUUCGACACGGCUCACGCCUUCAACCUGCUGCGGGGAAUCCAUGAACUCAGAGCUGAGAGGAAGUUUUUCGAUGUGACUUUGUGUGCCGAGGGCCGCGAGUUCCACUGUCACCGCACAGUGUUGGCCGCCGCCAGCACCUACUUCCGGGCCAUGUUUGCAGGGACGCUGCGGGAGAGCGUUAUGGACCGAGUAGUUCUACACGAGGUGUCAGCCGAGCUUUUAGGUCUGCUGGUGGACUUCUGCUACACGGGGCGGGUCACCGUCACUCAGGAUAACGUGGACCUCCUUCUGAAGACGGCUGAUCUGUUUCAGUUUCCCUCGGUUAAAGAGGCCUGCUGUGCUUUUCUGGAGCAGCGGCUGGAUAUUUCCAACUGCUUAGAGAUCCAGGACUUUGCGGAGGCUUUCGCCUGCCGCGAACUGGCAGUCAGCGCUCGGCGCUUUGUCCUGAAGAACAUAAUGGAGCUGGCUAAAGGGACGGACUUUGAGCGAUUACCCUGGAAGCGCCUGCUUGAGUUUAUGUCGGAUAAUGAGCUGUGUGUGGACAAGGAGGAGACAGUUUAUCAAAUUGCAGUGCGCUGGGUGAAGGCAGAUCUCCAGCGGAGGCUACACUACUGGCCCGAGCUCCUCCAGCAGGUCCGACUCCCGUUCGUCAGGAGGUUCUUCCUGUUGGCCCAUGUGGAGAGCGACCCACUCGUCUACCUGUCACCCACCUGCCUCCGCAUGGUGAACGAAGCCCGUAGCUUCCAGUCCUGCGAGUACGACCGCCACGACAGGCCCUGCCACCGCAUGCGGCCACGGCCAUCUACAGGAUUGGCAGAAAUCCUGGUGGUGGUGGGAGGCUGCGACCAGGACUGUGAUGAGCUGGUCACAGUGGACUGUUACAACCCCCAGACGGGACAGUGGCGCUACCUGGCUGAAUUCCCCGAUCACCUCGGAGGAGGCUACAGUAUAGCUGCCCUCGGAAACGAUAUGUACGUUACAGGUGGCUCUGACGGCUCGCGCCUCUACGACGGCGUGUGGCGCUACAAGUCCAGCGUCAACGAAUGGACCGAGGCGUCGCCCAUGCUGAAGGCCCGUGAGUACCACAGCUCUUGUGUGGUGAAAGGUCAGCUCUACGUGGUGGCGUCGGACAGCACCGAGCGCUACGAUCACGCUGUGGACUGCUGGGAGGCCUUGCCAGCCAUGUUGCACCCCAUGGACAACUGCUCCACCACCGCGUGCAACGGACGCUUGUACGCCAUCGGCUGCCUGACCGGAGAGGACACCAUGGCCAUCCAGAGCUACGAUUCAGACGCCAACCGCUGGUUAAUGGUUAAUUGUGGACAGCUGCCUCCGUGGUCCUUCACACCGAAAACUGUGACCCUCAACGGCCUCAUCUACUUUGUCAGGGAUGACUCAGCCGAGGUGGAUGUUUAUAAUCCUCAAAAGAACAAGUGGGACAUGAUAAGUCCGAUGACCCAGGUCCAUGUUGGAGGAAGUGUUGCAGCCCUGGGCGGUAAAUUAUUUGUGUCUGGCGGUUAUGACAACACGUUUGAGCUGUCCGAUGUGGUGGAAGCCUUCGACCCAACCACCCGCUCGUGGUCCCUCGCUGGGCGACUACCUCAGCCGACCUUCUGGCACGGCAGCGUCAGCAUCUUCCGCCAGUUCAUGCCCCAGGUGUCCAGUGCCUUCCAACCUACCGAGACGCCGGAGUUGAACGCCAUUCACCUGCACCGCCACCAGCGUCACCAAGCGCUCCACAAUCUCAACAACAAUCUCAACCAGAACCAGGAUGUGAACCCAGCGCACUGAGUUUGGACCUUAACACCCUCUCACGUGUUUUCAAGUCUGUUCUCCCUCAUCGUGCCAUCGUUAGCUUACUGUGAAUUUACCUCAUGUCAAAGGCAGAAGAGAAGAGGGAGCAGAAUCCACCUGAGCACGAAGCUGUCGUCGUAGUGACAAUCAUGUCUGUUGACUGGAGGAGUAACAGGACGGUUCUCAGUCGUGUUCACACGGAAACAGUUCUGGUUGGUUCCUGUACAGAAGCAGAGGGAAGUGUCUCUGUGCUGCUCUUAAAGGGAGGUAGGGGAGUUUAUUUUCCAAACCAGACUUAAAGCCAUCAUCCUUUUCUCGUGAAAACACUUUAGAUUACAACCGAAACUAUUUAUCGCUCAAAUUUAUCCGCAACAUAUUUGAUAAUCAUCUUCUUUUUCUUUCUAACGGUUCAGUUUUGAGCUUGUUCUGCGUUUAACAGAGUAGUUAACAUUUGUAGACGACGUCUUUGGCUCAAGAUGUUUUUUCUCAAUUUACAGACAAAUAGCAAAUGAUGAAUCUGAAAAUUAAAAAAGAUUUCAUCGGCAACAAGAAUCGGAAAUCGUUUUACUCUGUAAAUUGAAUGAGCUGCACAAAGGUACGUUUUCUCUCUUAUCUGAAUAAAUAGCAUCCUUUACUUUUACAUGAGAAAACGAUGAGUGUGGUGAACUUCCCCCUUCCUUUGAUGAAGAGCAGUUAAACAGCUGCUUCUCUCUCUCAAGUUUUUAUUCAGCAACUAUCGAGCACUGUCUCCCACACACGGUGGGUGAGGCCGUCGUUUUCUGUGAGUUAGCAGUUGAUCACUGUGGAAUUUAUUUUUCUACAAACGCAUUAAAUUUUAAUUCUAAAUGCACGCAAGCAUCUAAGUAAGUGUUUACAAGCCUUUUGUGGCUGCAGAGGGAGCAGAGUGAAGUCUGACGGACGGCCUCCGCUGAUGUGAGUCCGUUGCACGUGAGGAGUUUUAAUCGAUCAGUCAUAAAAAAAAAAAUAAAAAAAACUGAAUCUCCAACUGAAUUGUCAGUGGGCGAGUAGCAUUGUGGGUAAUGAAGGCGCCAGGUCUUGAGAGAUGAGACCGUCUCUGGCUCUACUAUGUCAAUUUCUAUCUUUUAAAUCGGUCCAGAGUCCGACUGAGUUACUUUAGUGGAACUCUAUUGAACUGUGCUUCAGUACGGACUCAACGAUGAUCAGUCUACAUUCCAGAAACAGCUGCAGUCACAAUCGAUAUUUAGCACUAAACAGACA